GGCAACGUGCAACAGAGCAGAUUACUCCAAGUUAGCCCCCAUCAUGUUUGGGUUAAAAUCUCAUCCAGAUGAGUUUGAACUGGAAGUUGUGGUGCUUGGUUCCCAUCUCAUUGAUGACUAUGGAAACACUUAUCGCAUGAUUGAGCAGGAUGAUUUUGACAUUGGCUCCAAGCUCCACACCAUUGUUAGAGGAGAAGAUGAAGCGGCUAUGGUGGAGAGCGUUGGGCUGGCAUUGGUGAAACUCCCUGAUGUCCUACAGAGACUGCACCCUGACAUCUUGGUGGUACAUGGCGAUCGUUUUGAUGCUCUUGCGCUGGCAACCGCUGCAGCGCUGAUGAAUAUCAGAAUAUUUCAUUUGGAGGGAGGAGAGGUUAGCGGAACAAUUGAUGAUUCAAUCCGCCAUGCGAUCAGUAAACUGGCCCAUUACCAUGCCUGCUGCACACGUAUGGCCGAGCAGCACCUCAUUGCAAUGUGUGAGGACCACUCUCGCAUCCUCUUGGCCGGCUGUCCCUCAUACGAUAAGCUGCUGUCAAGUCAACACAGAGAGGACUACAUGGAUAUCAUCCGAAGCUGGAUAGGUGACACUGUACAGAACAAUGACUAUAUUGUGGCGUUGCAGCAUCCUGUCACCACAGACAUCCAGCACUCCAUAAAGCUCUAUGGACUAAUGUUGGAUGCACUAAUCUCCUUCAACAAGAAGACACUCAUUCUAUUUCCUAACAUUGAUGCAGGGAGCAAAGAGAUGGUCCGUGUCAUGAGAAAGAAGGGCAUUGAGCAGCAUCCAAACUUCAGGGCAAUAAAGCACAUUCCUUUUGAGCAGUUCAUCCAGCUCGUUUGUCACGCUGGCUGCAUGAUUGGAAACAGCAGCUGUGGAGUGCGUGAGGCUGGUGCUUUUGGCACACCUGUCGUUAACCUGGGAACCAGACAAACCGGCAGAGAAACUGGUGAGAAUGUGUUGCACGUCAGAGAUGCUGACACGCACAAUAAGAUCUAUCAUGCACUGGAGCUACAGUUCGGAAAGAGAUAUCCCUGCUCUAAAAUUUAUGGCGAUGGAAAUGCGGUGGCGCGUAUUCUGAAGUUUCUGCGAACUGUUGACCUGGACGAGCCCCUGCAGAAGACCUUCUGCUUCCCUCCUGUGAAGGACUCCAUCUCUCAAGACAUCGAUCAUAUCCUGGAGACCCAAAGUGCUCUAUCUGUUGAUCUGGGAGGAACCAACCUCCGUGUGGCAAUUAUUUGCAUGAAGGGCAACAUAGUCAAAAAAUACACUGAAGCCAAUCCAAAGGCUUAUGCUGACAGGAUUCGACUGAUAUUAAAAAUGUGUAAAGAUGCAGUGCGGGAUGCUGUGCACCUCAACUGUAGGAUACUUGGUGUUGGAAUUUCCACGGGUGGGCGUGUAAACCCACAAGAAGGUGUUGUCCUUCACUCCACGAAGCUGAUCCAGGAGUGGUCCUCUGUGGACCUGAGGACACCCAUCUCAGAUGCUCUAGGCCUACCUGUCUGGGUCGACAACGAUGGAAACUGCGCCGCGUUGGCUGAACGAAAGUUUGGUCAUGGCAGAGGAGUGGAAAACUUUGUUACCGUCAUUACGGGAACAGGUAUUGGGGGAGGAAUUAUCCAUCAAAAUGAGCUGAUCCAUGGCAGUACCUUCUGUGCUGCUGAGCUGGGUCACAUCAGGGUUUCACUGGAAGGUCCUGAGUGUUCCUGUGGCAGCCAUGGAUGCAUCGAGGCUUACGCAUCUGGCAUGGCCCUGCAGAGAGAGGCCAAAAGACUGCAUGAUGAUGACCUGCUGAAAGUAGAAGGGAUGGAUAUAAAACUGUCCGAGCCAAUCACUGCUGCCCACCUCAUCCAUGCAGCCAGAAUGGGAAACUCCAAAGCAGACACUGCUCUUCACAAAGCGACCACGGCACUUGGUGUGGGGAUUGUAAACAUCCUGCACAUAGUCAACCCCUCACUGGUGAUUCUGUCAGGAGUUUUGGCCUCUUACUACAAGGAGCCGGUACAGCGCAUCAUCUCAGAGAGAGCACUCUUCUCCGCCCAGAGCAUCAAGGUCGUCGCUUCUGACUUAGAAGAACCAGCUUUACUUGGAGCUGCUAGUAUAGUGUUGGACUAUGCAACAAGAAGGACAUAUUAA